AUGGAGCCCUUUGAUGAAUGCAACUUUAAGCCUCAAGUAGAGCCGCCCAAGGACGAAAUAAAAGUAACUAAUGUACCAGAAUCGAUUCCAUUACUACAAUCAUCUGAAAGGGCGAAUGCAGCGCCUGUCACUGUGAGCGCUAUAACAACUGCCGCAGAGAUGAUAGCACCACCACCUCCGUCUACCUCCUGCGCCAAGCUCAAAAGCGUUCCUAUUCCACAACCUCUCAUUUUGAAAAGACGCACCAGCAGAUCCUCCAUCUCCUCUACAGAUGAGCAUCAUGAUCCAUCCAGGCUAAAUGCCACUCCUGUGCAAACACAUUUCUUUGCUGCUGCCAACGAGAAUAAUUAUCCUACUUCACCCACAGGCUCUAUUUCAGGAGGAGAUUUAUCGUAUCGAAGAUCAUUUGUAACAACAGCAACAGCAGACGUCGAUUAUGGCAGUAGUCCAGGAAGCGAAUCCAACGAUAUACCCCAAAGCUCCAUUAUUUAUCAGCAUCCACAAGCAGUGCGCUCGCCUCCUCCAGCUACAUCGACAUCUACAUCGUCAUUUUCACCGAGAUAUUCGAGCCCUCCUGCUGGCAGUGGAGGAAAAUACAUGGUCAGAUCUAAACGAGCGAGCUGGAUCGACGGUUCAUCCUCCAUGACACCGCAUGAUUCGACACCCUCCACGCCCCUAACUCAACCAUCCACCACAACGGACAUGGCAAGAGCAGCAGCACCCACCAAAUCCAUCAUGAUUCCACCACUCGGUCUACCCAAACCGUUGCAGAACCAAGCAUUAGCGUCUUCGGAUGACAGUUCUUUGAAAUCAGGCUCCCUAUCCAAGCUGCGGGAGGACAGACAGCAGCAAUACCAGACGCCCAAACGAGAGAACUCUUUGGACAGUGGAGCACCUCUAUCAGCAUCAUCCUCUACCACGGACAAUUCAGCUCAUUCAUUCUUUCUCAACAAAACUCGAAAGCAGUCUGAAGAUGCUGCUACUGGCGAGAUGGAGGAUGUGACAUAUGACAACAAUAGCAGUAAAACGAGAUCAUCCGUGCACGAGAGAAAAGCGUCUGUAUCGUCUAUUGUCACUGAUUCAAGCUUGGCCAGCGAGGAAAUGUAUUCUCCAUUGUCUUCUCCUCAUCGCUACAAAGCAGGUAGUCAUACGAGUGUAGGAGGCAGUGGAACAGGCGCAAACAGCAGUGGAGGACACAGAUCAGCGUCGGCAUCUCCCCUAGUGACGCAUACACUGACAAGCAGCUCGACGCCUCACACACCCUAUGUAAGCUCACACAAAGCCAGACGAAGAUCUUCCAUGAGUAUGCUUCGAAAUAUACCCAGCUCAGAGCUUGCCGAUAUCAUCAGUGGGCACUCGCCCAAUCCCAUCUUGGAGACGCCACCUGCAGAGUUGCUGAGCGGCAUGCAGCAUCCACUGAACAUGAUGGAUCGCACCACCACCACUACCUUGCCUGAUGUAUCCACCAGUGCGUCUACAAGCAGUGAAAUCGCCGCCAACUCGUCUACUGUGUCUCCUUCUGUCGAUGGUGUGCCCAUCUACCAGCACUCAUUGCACUCAUUGUUGAGAAAGCAGCUUUCCAGCAAGAGGAGACCUAUGCGAGAUCGUCGAUCCUUGCCGAAUAUUGAUGGUAGACCUCAAGAAGCAGAUAAGGAUGUCGUGGAGAUGAAUUUAGAUGCUGGACCAUUAGCAGACAUGUCUUUGCCCAUGUACGACCAUCACCACACCCCCAACACCAUGGAAGACGAACUAAAGAGCCCCGUAUACCCUGCCAUGUUGCUGAACGAGUCUCAGUCCAGACCUGAUGAGCACCAACAACAAUCACCUGAAGCAGCAGCACCUGCUAUACCCACCUUUGCACCCAAUUCCAUGAGCAGAGCAUCCGCACCUGAUAUGGUCAUCUACAAUCCGAUCAAGGACUACUUUAGUAGUGAACCCAUUACAAGCAUAGCUGCAUCUGCUGCCAUUGACGGCAAGACGGGCGCAUCGCAGCAACAUCGACAGCCCAUGCUGACAUCCUCGUCCUUUUACGGAGCUGACUAUUCAACGUACGGAUCAGAUGAAGAUUACGCCAAAAAGCUGUUUAUGUCUCGAUCAGCCAAAGUCAAGAGAUGGUGUAGUCUUAAAGUAGACGACUUGGAAGACAAGCUUCAUUUGCGUUCGCAUCAUCGUCGUUCAAGCAGCGCUGCCAGCUCCAGUAGUGUCCCUGUGCGUGAAAGACGCUAUUCUACAACCAAUUUGACGCGCGUGCCUCGCGAUGAUUUCAAUAUGCCAACGAUCCUUGUGACAACAGCAGAUGGCUCUCUCGACAACGGCAAUGACGCUGCCAACUACGACAUGGUCAACAACAUUCCUUGGGUGGACUGGCUGGAAGAAUACAAAGUGAUCAAGGCCAGAGAGAUUAGGAGAAGGUCCUCCACGCAAUACGAUAGCAUGUCAGAUGUAGAUUACACGGAAUCGCGCGGUGCCAUCAAGGAGGCCAAGAUGCCGUCGCCCUCCACAUCCACCACCACCACUGGAUCCCAACAAGGCUCUGUUGUCAAUCGUGUCUUGUCCAACUGGUGGCACAAUGUCAAGGUUGGCGCUGAACAUUACUCGAAAUCAAAACGUCAAUCCAAAAGAAAGAGCUCUGACAUCUCCACAGUGGAUGAGAUGAAGCAGCAGCCGCAGCAGCAACCUCAAAAGCAGCAACCACAGCCCUUGUGCUACACCUCCAGGCCUCCUCCUGCUUCCCCGUCCUCGACAAGCUUCCAAAAGCGAAACUCUCAUAAUUUGUCGUUGGAUUUGCAUGAUUUACAGCACCCACUUGAAGGCAAGAUAAAGCCGUUCGUUGUAGAGUCUAGUGCUUCUCCGUCCGGCAGCUUGCAAACCAACAAUGUUGCCAACCGCCGAUGGUCGUCUGCUGCUCAUAUGGAGACAGACAGCAUGUCGCCCAUGUCGCUACACAACGACAAUAGCAGUGUCCAGUCCUCUGUGCCCGAUAGUCCCUCUUCCUCUCCCUUGGCACACAGCAGCAGUAGGAUCAAUGUGCCACGCAAUCCUAUUACGCAAAAGAGCCUUGCUAAACGCGUAGGAUACCGGUUCAAUAACCCUGGCAAUCGCAUGGGCACCUUUGGCCAAUUGAGUCAUAUCUUUGGCAGUACGCCAGAUGGCAAUGAUCACAAUGCCAGUGUGCGCAUCCAACACUCAAUCAAGUCUCGUCUGCAAUUUGCAAAGGAAGCCUGUGAUUUGGAGCUUCGUCAGAUCAUUGACGGACUGAAUGAAUACGUGGAGCGCGGGUUGCAGUAUGUAGAGGAUAUGGACGUGUUAUUGGAAGAAGGUGUUCGUUCUGUAGGCAGUUUAGAUACGGAAGAAGAAGAAGAAGAACAUCAUGUUCCUCACCACCCACCUCAUGUUUUAACAGCUGUUGCCUCUACUGCUACCAAUCCAGUCGACCCCGAAAGCGCUUAUACACGUCAACUACCCAGCGUCGUGGAGAUUGACGAAACACCAUCGCCACCCUCAGGUCACCAAGAACACCAAGAGCAACAUCUGCAUACAUCACAGACACCAAGCACAAACAGUUUGCCUCACAAACGCAGCUUGUCAUCUGCCAUGGAAGAACACCGCAUCUCUGAUCAGCUGUUGCCGACUCCCAAGCAAUUUGUAAGUUCUCCAUCGCCUUCUACAUUGCAUGCGUCCAUGCCUGUUGCAGCAACUGUAGUGCUGCCCUCCUCCACUCACCCUACCGCUGCCAAUGAAGAAGGCAGCAUUGGUAUCAAUACCAACUCCAUGGUAGCAUUCAUCUCUGAAGACUCUUAUUUGCCAACACCUUUUAUUCUGACACUACAAGAUUUGAUAUCCGUAGCACAAAAUGUAAUGGACACGUCGUUGGACGAGAUUAUCGACACCAGCGGUGUCUGUGCAGAAGCUGUAGCGAGAAUUCAAAGCAUUGGUGCUAAAUGGGAUAUUCAUCCGGAAUGGCCUUGUCGUGAAUGGUACGUGCGUCUGCUACUGGGUAUCGCUGCUCUGAACCGUGUGGUGGAAUGGUGGGCUGCUGAACGCGGGUUUUGGUCUAGUGCUUCAGGCACGGUCAACAACAUGGGCAUGUCUUCUGUGCCGCCUAGUGAUACGGAAGGCGAUGAUAUGGAGUCUGUCAGCAAUCUCUCCAAAAUGGAUGAAACAGACGAUGAGGAUGGAAGAAUGUCUUUAGAUGAGAACAGUAGCCAGCCAUCCAGAAAGACAGGCACCACCACCUUUAAUGAUGGUAUGAGUCAAGAUCCACGCCUCUAUGGAGAGGAGCAUGAAGCUAUAGUUGAUGAGCAGUUGGAGAGUCUGCAAUUGCAGGAAGAAGCAGAGCGUAGUCAGAACUCUACCUUUAUCAUUGAACUGAGCCUGGGUACCACUGUGGUACAGUAUGUGAGUCCUGUAUGGUUUGAAGUUGUGGGAUCUGAUCCUCAGUCUGUGAUUGGGCAUAGUAUCACUGAAUUGCUAUCCAUGGAUGAUAACCAAGUAUUCAUUGCUGCCACGCAAGAACUGCUGGCGGAUGAUUCACAUACAGUCGAAGUUCGUUUCCAUGUCAUUGGCAAUGAAGGCAUACAGAUUGAGAUGGAGGGCAAAGGCAUGCUCAUGUACAACCGAAUGACGGGAGAGCCCAGUCAUACCAUGUGGGUCAUGAAACCUGUCAUCAAUCGUCGUUGGUCCAUCAUUGACAUAUCCUUGACACCGAGAAACGAAAAGAAAGCAGCUUGGUUGAGUGAAAGUCCUGCUGAAGAAGGUGCUGAUUAUAUGCGAGAUGUCACUUAUGACCAAGGCCAGAUUAUACAAGACAACAAGCCUAUCACCAUGGAGGAACAUCGAGCCAUGGUGCGCAAUCGAUCCAAAUCCGAACCAGCCAUCCAUACGCCGCCUUUCUUACCAGCCAAUGCGGCAGCUACAGCACAGUCUGAACAGCAAGAGGAACAGCAAGUGUUGGAAGGCAUACCUGUGUCGCUUUCUAGUCUGAUGGCAUUGCCGCCUGUGUUGUGUAGAGUCUGUGAACGAUGGGUAGUUGCUGCCUUUUUCGAGCAGCAUUCCGAGCUAUGUGUCGAGAUUCAUCAGAGCGAAAUGGAUGUCAAUGGAUGCAAUGAUAGUCUACUGGAACUGAAACACAUUAUUCACGAAAGAAUGGAGGCGACAAAGCAAGAAAUCAGCAAUUUGGAGUCCAACACAGCCACCACGCUAGAGGAAGGAAAGAAACCUUUGGAGCGAGAAAUGCUAGAGGAUCACGAUAGCGACAAUGACUCCAUCUUUGGUGAUUGCCUGCCUCUGGACGCAGCCAUUGAACCACUGGAAAUGAAACAAGCAGAGCUUGGCCAAUUCAAAGAUUUGCUGGACAUCAUUGACGUAGCACUCAGUAUCUCUAUGCCUGGCAGCAUUGAAGACGGCAUUGAAAAGGACGACGAGGAAAACGACUCUGAGACUGAGGACGGCGAGCAAUCACCCAGAUCCAAAAACAAGAUGGUGCAAAUUCUGUACUGGAGACCGCCCACGUCAGACGAUCCUAUGAUGACUACGCUGAUCAAGGACACCGAAGACUUGACACGCGGCAAAGUGGAUGCUGUGAACCGCAUGCGUGAUAGACUCCUGUACAACAGUCGUGCUAGAGCAGAGUUCCAAAAGAACACCAACCAGAACCCCAACUGGACCGAGUUUGUCUCUGAGUCUGUGGAUGACAAGAAGUCUGCUGAUGACCAUGCUAGCCCCAUUGAAGAGGCAGCAGCAGCAGAAGAAGAGCCAGAACAGAAGCCAGAACAAGAGCCAGAACAGCAGGAGGAGCAGCCCAAACAGUCUUCACAUGCCAGAAGAAGCUUAAUCAGCAGGAUCAAGUCAUGGCGACAGCGAAGAUCCUCUGGUGUUGUUGGUAAAUUGUCAAGGAGACUCAAAUCCAUCACACCUGAUUCCACAAACACGCCUAUCGUUGAGAUGGAAACCAUUGAUACACCCAUUGGGUCUCCUGGAUUGCGGCCCAAGUUGGUCCCUAGCCUCAAGCAAGACCAAUUAUCCUCUGGAUCAAGAACGCCCAACAGCAACGGUCCAUCAACAUCAGCAUCAGCAGCAGACACACCGUCUAAAUCGCCCAUGUCUCCACUGCACGCACCUGUUGCAUCUCGACCCACGUUUCCCAGCAUCAAGGAUUUCGACAUUAUCAAACCCAUCAGCAAAGGUGCAUUUGGCUCUGUCUUUUUAGCCAAAAAACGAACCACGGGCGAUUACUAUGCUAUCAAGUUUUUAAAGAAAUCUGACAUGAUUGCCAAGAAUCAAGUGACCAACGUCAAAGCAGAGCGCAUGAUUCUCAUGUCACAGACGGAUAGUCCCUUUGUCACAAAACUCUACUACACGUUCCAGUCCAAGGAUUACUUGUACUUGGUAUUGGAGUACUUGAAUGGUGGUGAUUGCUCAGCGUUAAUCAAAGUGAUUGGUAGCUUGCCUGAGGAUUGGACGCGUAAUUAUCUAGCAGAAGUGACAUUGGGUUUAGAGUAUCUUCAAAGCAAGAAUGUCAUUCAUCGUGACUUGAAGCCUGAUAAUUUGCUCAUAGAUCAAAAUGGACAUCUCAAGCUGACAGAUUUUGGACUGUCUCGUAUUGGUUUUUUGGAUCGUCGUGUACGUGAUGAGUUGACCAACGUAGCGUACCAUGACCGUACUCAGCCCAUCUCUCCUGCUCCAUCUCGCUCAGGCACGCCCCCACAGUCCCCAGAAGAUCAGCAGCAGCCCUCCACGCCCAAUGGCGCAUAUCGACACUCGUAUUUUAGUCUUUUAUUUGACCAGCGUCAAGGCGGUAACACGCCCCAAUCGACUUAUUCUGGCACUAUCAACAAUGAAGAUGCUAUUAUCAACCCUGCAUCGCCUGAGCCAAGAAUGAAGCAUGAACAGCCCAACCCUGGCCAUCGCCGACAUGUGUCUGCUGCCUUGUCAGAUACACUGGCUUCUGGUAUUAGUUCAACAAGCAUGGUAAAAUCAGACAAGGGCAGAGAAGAAAGCUCUGCUACUGCUGCUGCCACACCAAGACAGGCUGUGGGUACACCGGAUUAUCUUGCACCAGAAAGUAUCCUAGGUACAGGGCAAGAUUCCAUGGUAGAUUGGUGGGCUUUGGGCGUCAUUUGCUACGAAUUUCUAUAUGGCAUCCCUCCUUUCCAUGCGGAUACACCCGACAAGGUCUUUGAGAAUAUUUUGUCCAGGCGUAUUGAUUGGCAUGAAGACGUGGUUCAGAUUUCACCUGAGGCUCGUGAUUUUAUGGAGAGAUUGAUGACAUUGGAUCCACAGAAGCGACUUGGCUACAAUGGCGCAGAGGAAGUCAAAGCACAUCCCUUCUUCAAGAACAUCAACUGGGACACACUGAUGACUGAAUCACCGUCAUUUAUACCGCAACCCGCUGAUAUGGAAGACACCGACUACUUUGACGCACGUGGUGCUACUAUGCAGAAUGCGCCAGAUGAAGUCAAUGUGAUGGACCAGCAACACCUUGACGAAUCCGCCAAAGCCCAAGUAGAGCGUGCAAAGGCCAUCAUUCGAGAACAGAACCCUGAGAACCUACCGCCCAUGAGUGACAAGAAGAAGAAACGCAAGAGUAAAUCAGAUGGAAAGAAGCCUGCUAUUUCUAGAGAUGCAAAAGAAGAUAAUGCGAAUGACGCAGCAGAAGAAGAAGGCGAUGAUUCAGACACUACGGACUUUGGUACAUUCACUUACAAAAACCUACCUGUGUUGGAAAAGGCCAACGAAGACAUGAUUCGCAAGAUUCGCCAUGACAGCAUCUCUGCCAAUGCCAUGACUGAUCCAGCUACUGGCAAGCUGUUGCAUCGCAAGUUCCCUGCCAUAUCAACCAAAUCCAAGAGCAAUUUAUCGCAUGAAGCAACCUCAGGUCAAUGCACACCCACUGGUAGUAACUACAGUCCAUCCACUGCCUCGUCUACGUGUGGUACGCCCUUGUCCAUGUCGCCCUCCGUUUCCUCUAAACUCUGCAUGGUAUCUCCCCCAUCCAUUGGAGGUGGCGGACGACGACCCGCAGAUUCUACCUUGCCUCAUAUACCAACAAAAAUGUCUGAUAUCUCAUCCGCAUCUUCUUCCAAGGAAGGUACGCCACAAAGAACACGCUCCUUGUCUACGCCAUCCAUCGAUCCUGCCAAAGCAGCCGCUGCCAUUGCCGCUGUCGCUCAUGCUCAUUCAGGUUCACCAUCAUCCUCAGGAGGAGGAGGAGGAGGAGGUUCAUUACAGAAUCAACCACAUCACUCACAUCAUUCACAUCAUCAUCGCCCUGUAGUAGAAGAUGCGGGUAAUAUAGACACAACACAAAAGCCUACUACGAUCAUCUCGCCCUUGAACAAGCCAGAACGUAAAAGCUCCUUACCAGCAGCAGCAGCAUCCGCAUCUCCAGCCGUAUCACGCUCUACUGAUCAUAAAUCAAAGCCUUUAGCAUGUCUUGUAGCAGACGAUAACCCCAUCAGCUGUAAAAUCAUUGAAACCAUUCUACAAAUGUUGCAUUGUCGAUGUGUCAUUGUCAGAAAUGGUGCUCAAGCCAUUCGUUCAGCCAUGAGCGAUGUGCAAUACGAUAUUAUCUUUAUGGAUAUAAGAAUGCCUAUUAUUGACGGUGAAACGGCAGCCAGAAUGAUCAAAUCCACAAAUAACAGUAAUCGUGAAACGCCCAUCAUUGCUGUUACAGCUUAUGAACGCACAGUGCAAUUAGCAGGUGCAUUUGAUGAUAUUUUAAGCAAGCCAGUAACCAAGCAUGUUAUCUUGCAGAGGUUGAAACAGUAUUGCAAGCAUUAUGGUGAUGCACAUGCGUCUACUUUUUCAGAGUCAGUGAAAGCAGCUCCUGUUGUGAUGAGUGGUGAUUCAGCGAGUAUUGCAACACAACAAUAA